AUGGUGCCUGCGGGAGGACGCUCCGCGUUACUCCGCGCUGCUCCGCCGGAAAGGCACACGUCUCAACGGCCUUCUCCCCGUUCCCCGAGGCCCCUUCCUUGGCCCCCCCUGUGCCGCGCUCACCGCCGCACACCCUCACCGCCUCGCUUCAGGACCCAAGAGCGGCGGCUCCGCCUCUUCCGCGGGUUUUAUCUGGGCCCCGGCCGAAUCUUCUGGAAUGACGCCGCCCGACGUCACCGCACUAGAACGCCUCUCCGCCGUGUCAGCCUCCAAACGUUCCCGCGCCUGGGGAGCGCGGAGUGGCCGCGGUCUCGGACCCUUGAAGGUGCAGAGCCUGUCUGCAGAGAUUCCCCACUGCAUUUGGAGGAGACCCAAGGUGAAAGCAUAAAGCCAGCAGAGUCCCUGUGGACUUCCUUUGCUGAUGGCAGAGUCAGACUGAGAAUAGAUGAAUCAUGUCCACAGCCUCCCAUAACAGUUCAUCAGAUGUUCCAGGAGAGCCUAGAAAAAUAUGGAUCCCUUAAUGCACUGGCCAGCAAAAAGAAUGGAAACUGGGAGAAGAUAACUUUUUCAGAGUAUUAUUGCCUGUCUAGGAAAGCAGCCAAGAGCUUCUUGAAGCUUGGUCUUGAACGAUUCCACAGCGUAGCAAUCCUUGGAUUUAAUUCUGCAGAAUGGUUCAUCUCAGCUGUUGGAGCUGUUUUUGCUGGAGGAAUUGUCACAGGAAUAUACACAACCAGUUCCCCAGAGGCCUGCCACUAUGUUGCUCAUGACAGCAAAACCAACAUCAUGGUUGUGGAAAAUCAGAAACAAUUGGACAAGAUAAUGCAGAUCUGGAAUUGCUUGCCACACUUGAAAGCUGUUGUGUUGUACAAGGACUCCAUUCCAGAGAGACAUCCAAACUUGUAUACGAUGGAAGAGUUUCUGGAGCUGGGAGAUGACAUAUCUGACACUACUUUGGAUGAUAUUAUUAACUGCCAGAAGCCAAAUGAAUGCUGUGUACUAAUAUACACAUCAGGAACAACUGGGAAGCCAAAAGGAGCCAUGCUGAGUCAUGACAAUAUAACGUGGACAUCAGCACAUUGCAGCAGAGCAGGAGAUAUGCAACCUGCAGAGGUCCAGCAGGAGUCUAUAGUCAGUUAUCUCCCACUCAGCCACAUAGCUGCACAGAUAUAUGACCUGUGGACUGGAAUCAAAUGGGGAGAGCAAGUUUACUUUGCUGAGCCAGAUGCUCUGAAGGGCAGCUUGAUCAACACACUAAAAGAAGUGCAGCCAACAUCUCAUAUGGGAGUUCCUCGAGUGUGGGAGAAAAUCAUGGAGAAAUUGAAGGAUGCUUCUGCUCAGUCAGGAUUCAUGAAGAAGAAAAUGCUGUCGUGGGCUAUGUCACUUAGCUUACAGAGAAACCUGAACUGCUCAAGCAGCAGUGAUCUGAAGCAGCUCUGCACAAGGUUAGCAGACUACUUGGUGCUUGCAAAAAUCCGCCAGGCCCUGGGUUUUUCUUGCUGCCAGAAGCACUUCUCUGGUGCUGCUCCUCUCAACACAGAAACACUGAAUUUCUUCUUGGGUCUGAACAUAACCCUCUAUGAGGCCUAUGGGAUGAGUGAGACCACAGGUCCACACUGCCUAUCUGGGCCUUAUAUUUACAGGCAGCACAGCUGUGGUAAACCAGCACCUGGCUGCAAGGUGAAACUAGUGGAUACGGAUGCAGAAGGCAAUGGAGAAAUCUGUUUCUGGGGAAGGACAGUUUUCAUGGGUUAUUUAAAUAUGGAAGACAAAACAAAAGAAGCCUUUGAUGAGGAUGGGUGGCUGCAUUCUGGAGAUGUGGGAAAACUAGACAAGGAUGGUUUUCUCUUUGUCACUGGAAGAAUUAAAGAUUUGAUUAUCACAGCUGGAGGUGAAAAUGUGCCUCCAAUUCCCAUUGAAGAUGCUGUUAAAAAAGAACUCCCAAUUGUCAGUAAUGCUAUGGUGAUUGGAGAUAAAAAGAAGUUUUUGUCAAUGUUACUGACCCUAAAGAGUGUGCUGGACCCAGAUACAUCUGAUCCCACUGACAUUCUCACUGAGCAAGCCAGAGACUUCUGCCAGAAGACUGGUAGUAAAGCCACAACAGUGUCAGAGAUUGUAGCUACCAGAGACCAAGCCAUCUACCAGGCCAUUCAGGAGGGGAUCAACAAAGUCAACAUGAAUGCUGCCAAUAGGGUUCAUUGUAUUAAAAAAUGGAGAGUCCUGCCAAGAGAUUUUUCCAUUUCGGGGGGAGAAUUAGGUCCAACGAUGAAGCUGAAGCGACUGACUGUGCUUGAGAAGUACAGAAAUGAAGUUGACUCCUUCUAUGAAGAAUAAGAAGCCCUCCACUGAAGCCUUAAGAAAGAGCUGUGAGCUAAAGCAAGUAUUUGGUAAUCCAAAGCCAUUAACAAAGAUUUAGGCUUGUUUUGGUUUUGUUGUCUAUUGAACUGCACCACUAGAACACUGCCAUGUCCAUUCAGUUGUUUCUGAUACUUGCCUGAUAAUCUGACCUCUUUUUACAGAAGCAUCUACACAGUGUGUCCAUUUUCUAGUGUUGUUUUUACCUUAUGACCUAAAUAAUCAUGAUUUAUAACACCCUCAUGUUCUGUAAAUGAUUCUUCUAGACUGAAACACGAGAUUUUUUUUUUAUACAGUGAUCUUCCCUUUAUUUUUCUUUUUUCUACAGGAUGCUGCCUGUAGCUCAUGAUAUGUUUUGGUAGAUCAGUAGUAAGCAGUACAACUUAGUGAAAAUGUUAUUCCACUCCAGUGAUAAAGGUAAUUAUUAAAAGAAAUCAAAAGGGCUGUUGAAGAAGAGUUUCUUCUUGUUCAUUAACACAACAUUUCAUAAUGUAAAGAUAUUCCUUUUCCAUUUUUGCAGUGGCUAGAGUUCAAGACUUUUGUGUGAACAGUGUUCAUCAUUUCUUAAGUCCCUGUUGAAGUAAGCAUUACUAUUUCUCCUAUAAAUAAAUAACUACAGAAGUUGGGGCUCCCCUAAGACUGAAAGA